AUGUCAGAACAACGCAACAUUGUCAUUGUUGGCGCAUCGGGCGCGGGCAUACAGGCAACCCAUUACAUCCUGAAGCACAUUCUACCAGCUCUCAAGGCAAAGAAUGACGCCAAGUAUCAUGUCUACAACAUCUCGCCAUCUUCACAGUGGUACUUCAGGGUUGCCUCUCCACGAGUGGCAGCUUCUACCGAGCGCAUGUCGACCGACAAGGUCCUCUUCGAUCUGCAUGAGGGCUUCAAGUAA